AUGUCUUUAAACUACAUAAAGAACUUCUAUGAGGGAUGUCUUCGGCCUCCAACUGUGAUUGGUCAGUUUCACACCCUGUUUUUUGGCUCUGUGCGUAUGUUCUUCUUGGGAGUUCUGGGAUUUGCGGUUUAUGGGAAUGAAGCUCUUCACUUUAGCUGUGAUCCAGACAGGAGAGAGAUCAAUCUUUUCUGUUACAAUCAAUUUAGACCUGUAACUCCUCAGGUGUUUUGGGCCCUUCAGUUAGUUACUGUGCUGGUUCCAGGGGCCGUGUUUCACCUUUACGCAGCAUAUAAAAACAUCGACCAAGAGGACAUUCUGGACCGACGGACAUACACCGUGUUUUACAUCAUUUCUGUCCUCCUGCGAAUCGUCCUGGAGGUAGCAGCGUUUUGGCUUCAGAGUCGACUCUUUGGAUUCCUGGUUCAUUCCCUGUAUUUCUGUGAUGCAAGUUCACUGGAGAAGACUUUAAACGUCACCAAGUGUAUGGUACCUGAGCAUUUUGAAAAGACCAUCUUUCUAAGCGCAAUGUACAUCUUUACCAUAAUCACCAUGAUUUUGUGUAUGGCAGAGAUUUUUGAAAUACUGUGCAGGAGGUUUGGCUAUUUGACCAAUCAAUGACAUCAUCAGAUCAAAUAACUUGCAUGUUUAAUAAUAACUAAUGGAUCCAUCCAGGAUUUUCAGAUUGUUGUCUACCUCAUUUAGGAUUAGGGCUGAACUGAAGCUACUGUAUAAGGCCCAAAAUGAGAACAUUUUAAUGGUGCCCACAUCAAUUAGUGUUUGUAAGAGGGUCAGAUAGCUAAGGGUCUGGUUUGAGUAUGAUCAUCUGUGAAAUGCAGAAAACAGAUUUAGCAAUAUUUUGCACGAUAAUAAAGUUUGACCUUUCAAGAGAGGUCUGCAAACUGUUACACUGUGGGAAAAAUGCAGCUAAGUUAAAACAACUUGGUUUUGUAGGUAAAUUCAACAUACUAUUUUAAGUUUUAACUUAAAAGUUGACAUAACUCAUAAAAACAAGUUAAAAUUGUUUUUAAUUUUUUAUGUUUAUGUUGAUUUGACAAAAAUCCUGCAUUUCUGGACAGACCGUGCAUGAAACAUAGACAACUUUGUAAUUACAGUAUAUGUUGUACAUUUGAUGUGUUUACAGUACAGACAUUAAAAGACUAUUUAAGAACGUAACUGGCCAUUCUUUCAUAAUCUCAUGUGUGCGACCAAAUUUUAAGAAAUUCAAAUUUAUUUUGUUUUAACUUAAUGAGUCAUUACAGCUGUGGAAAAAAUUAAGAAACUACUCCAGUUUUGCAUUUUAUAAUUUCUAUAUGUAUUGUAAACA